UAAAAGAACAUCGCACACAGAAGAAUCGUUGUUAAGGAUUCAUUGUAAGCGCUAUAACAAAAAUAGCGAAUGCACACACUUAUCUAUAGUAUUGUAAGCGAGUUAACUUAAGUUUACAUACUCACAAAACUGGAUCUUUAUGACAAUAUGCACUUAACUGUUUGUACGUAAUUUUGGAAUAGUGAGUGCGGAUACAGACUAAUCGGAGGUUAAGGUACAGCGCAGCAUUUGACAGGUUCAGGAACAGAUUGUUUUCUGGCUUGAAUGUGAUACGAUUGCAUCUGGAGCAUGUCCACUGCAGGCUUGACGGCCCAGGAGAUUUGUCUACCCACACAAAGCCUCUUCCUGCGGGGCAGCUGUUGCCCUAGCAUGGAUGGAACCAAGCCUUCCUGGAAAUACAACCAUGAUUGCGAGAACUUGUACCUAAGCAUUGAUCCAGCUGUGAGUUGUAACCUUCAACCCCAUAAGCAUGAGCCAUCAUUCUUAGCUGAAGUCAAACAGAGAUUCCAUUCCCAUUCCCAAAACUGUACUGGGACCCAGCCAUUGCCUCCUAAAAAGUCGCGACCCACACAGCUUUCAUUAUCAUCCACGGUUGAUCCCUUUAACCCUAGCCCCAUUGAGGACGACCAGGUGGUCCCUGGAUUCCAGCGUCUAUGUGUUUCUGAGCGUGCCUCCCCACCUCAGACACCUAGUCGUGUAGCCAAGCCUCUUCCCCCAAUCCCCGGCUCAGCAGAGCUAUCAGCUGACCAAGCAACAGACAUCGAGGUGGAAUUCUUUACUGGGGAUGACAGCCGCUGUCUGGUUCCUGACCCUUGUCCGAAACCAUCUCCCUUCCGCUAUAGCAUGCACAGUCGAAGGAGUUUUAGGGAUGGUGGCCAGAUCAACUAUGCCUAUUUGGAGGGGCCGGUAUCCCAGCAAAAGAAGCAACAGCAGCAGUCCAAGAAAAAGCAGGAUCACGAGGUCCAGGGAAGCAUUUUUCCCCAGCAGCAUGAACAGGAGCUUCAUGAACAGCAGCACAUGCUGCAGGUUGCAUGCCUCCGGCAGCAGGAUCGUGCCCAGCGCAAGCUGCGUCGCUCCCAUUCCGGCCCUGCAGGCUCCUUUAAUAAACCCUCCGCCCUUCGCCUGUGCUGUCAGCAGCGGAACACCCAUGGCCUAGACAAACCUGAAGUCCCUCCCAGAAUCCCUAUUCCACCGCGGCCAGCUAAGACCCCAGACUGCCGUCGCUGGUCAGCAGAGGUGUCUUCUGGGCCUUACAGUGAUGAAGACAGACCCCCCAAAGUACCCCCGAGAGAACCUUUGUCCAGCAGUGUGCCCCGGACACCUAGCCCCAAGAGCCUCCCCAUUUACCUCAACGGGAUCAUGCCACCAACACAGAGCUUCGCCCCGGACCCUAAAUAUGUGAGCCGAGGUCUACAACGGCAAAACAGUGAGGGCUCCCCAUGCAUUUUACCUGUCAUGGAGAAUGGCAGGAAGGCCAGCACCACACACUAUUUCUUGUUGCCACAACGACCUGCAUACCUAGACAAGCACGAGAAGUAUUUUCUGGACGACACAAUUCGAAGCACUGAUGCCACAAGCUCCGGCCUAGAUUUGGCUGGCCAAAGCAAGAAGAAAAUACACUCAGACUUUGUAUAGGGUUACAUUUGUAUGAUAUGGACAGAGCUUCACUUCCAUUUUUCGAGAGAAUCAUUAUCCUGGCAAUUGCUGUCUGUGCAUCUCGAGGACUCUUGUACUGCUGUCAAGCAGUUUUUAUUGUUAGUUUUAUCCUAGUUUUUGAAAAAGUAGGGUAAGUUACAAACCAGUAGCAGAUACUGAGAUUUUUGUUUUCUCAAAAUGGAAACACAGCUCCUGAAAGUGCUGCUUAAAAAGCACUAUGGACAACGACGGAUGUUGUCUCCGAAUAAUGUUUUAUAUGCUUUGUUAACUCAUUGCUCAUUAUGUGAAAUGUAAGUGUUUUAAAUGAUACCAUUGUGGUGCAGUUAUUAGGUAUGAGCUGGUCUGGUACCUCACCAUUGUUCAGUUCCUUUUUCUUUUUUUGUCUUAUAGUAGUCAUGCUUUGUAUUGCUUUGAGGAUUGCUGCUUCUGUGGCUAAGCGAGUGCUGCAGAGCUAUGUGUGUGAGCUGAGGGACGGUGAGUCAGUAUCUGCACCUGUUUGUGUUGCACACUAAAUAUGAAGUAUGAAAAGGCCAAAUUGCAUUGUGGCCAUAUUGCAAGUGAAGGAUAGGAUCUAAAUCUGAAUAUUCCAUUGUGAAUAAAUAGGCACAAAGUUGGAAAUAUAUGCUGUUUAUCCUCCUGGAUUACUAAUGCUCUUGGUGGCUGUCUAGAGGUGUUGUGUGUACGUGUGUGUGCGUGCAUGUGUGAGAGACCCAUCUGUGUUGUAUAUUUGUGAUUUUGAUUGUGAAAAACUGCAAUCAGAAGUUCUGAUGAAAAUGUGCUUGUUACAUAGGAAUGAUCUAAAUGUAGCUUUUAUGUUCAUUGUUAUACAUGGAUAAUAUUUGAGAUGCUGCAAAGCUUUACAUACAGGAUACAAGUGGAGAAAUGUACAACAAUAGAUUUAGUCAGGAAACCGUGUAAUACAAGCUGGAAGUUGCUAAUCAGAUACAUUCUAAACUUAUGAAACUUAGCUUCUGUUAAAGCAGAGGUUUUCUAAGAUGCUAAAAGCUUGAUAAAAUUUGUAAACAAUGAUGAAUUAUAAUAACAAAUACAGUGAUAGUACUCAAACCUGGCUUGCAUAAACAGGUACUCCUACACUGUGUUCCUGUUUGUGCUCUGUCAGACUGUUUGACUACCUCCAACAUGAUUUUUGAGAUUUCAAAAGUGGAAUGUUAGUGAAUUUUAAGUUAAUAUCAGAGUUAAUGGUAACAGUCAAAAAUCUGUUUGCUAGAUGCUACAAGAUCAUGUACAAAAGCAUAGCUUGCAGCCAUCAUAACAGCAUUUUUCUUACUCUCAUUUUCCAUGUUGAAAGGGAAAUGAAGAGUACCCCAAUUUUAGCUGCUUUCCAAAGUGUAACCUAUAGAGUUUAUUGCGCAAAAGUCAACUGGUUUGAAACCUGUGAAAGUGCGCUGGUCUUGCUCUUUAGCCAUUGUCUUUGAAUAUUGAUAACCAAGCUGUGAGUCAAAGUUGUGAAAAGAACUGUCCCCAGAACUACCUCCCAUGACAGGAAUGAAAAAUUCUUCAAAUAUCCCAGAAGGAUAAUGAUUUGUGUAUGGACUAAGCGGACAAAGCAUUUACUGUCUGAUGCCAGUUUCCCUCUAAUGUACUUCAGACCAAGAAAACCAUUAACUCUAAUCUCCAUUUUUGAUUACAUUGUUUUUCUUUCUGCUUGGCUAGAUAUAAACCUUUGCUCCAGCAAAGAAUGUGUUUUCCAACCCCCUUAAAGUUUUAGACAUGAAUAUGUAGUUUGUCCAUGUGUAGUACAUUUGGCUGACCUAACUCAAACAGACUUUCCUGUUCCUGUACAUGGAGACCUGUCAGACGUGAUUGCUGUGGGUGUGGGCCCCUGAAGACUUUGGCUGCUGGCAGCGGGUAAAUGAGAUGUUUUAUUGUUAUAGAUUGUUCCAACACUAUGAUUACUCAGUAAAUGUAGCAAGUGCAUCAAAGUAACCCUGAUAAUAAAAAAGAAAAAAAAAUGAAUGAACUUGCUGAGCUCAAAGGUCAAUAUGUUGUCAAACUUGAGAGUUUAUGUUUUUUGAGUUCACAUGGGCAAUGGGAUACAAACAACACUGAUGCCACUUUGUUUUUGUUUUGUAUGGUUCUUUUAUCCUUUUACAACUUCAUUUAUCAGAAAAUGUUUACAUUGUGCGUUGUAUUAUUUAAUCUUUGACCUGUUUCCUGUGUAUUAUCUGAAAAAAAAUGAAGGCAAGUUCAAGAAGAAAUAAGACAUUCUCUGCUGUGGUAUAGUAAAAGCUAAAUGCACUGAGAGAACAGUAUAUUGUGAUGUGUAAAAGUAUUUAACAUAGUCCUCCUAACUACACAUAAUAGUGCAAUGUGUAGUAUAGCCUUUAAAGGAAAGAAAUAAACAGACUUAUUUAUGAAUUGA